AUGACCCUCACUCGCCCAGAUUUGCGGACGGAAUCCCCUACUCCGUCUCAGACCUCCCCCCAGGAGGAUCCCCUCCGCCUAGCGGCAUUGCCCCCGGCAGACCGUUCCCAGAUGAUCUGGGACGAGGAUGAGGAUGACAAAGGGGUGGUCAAAAAGAUGUGGCGCAGACUUCGUCGGCGAGUUUAG